UUCCAUCAUAUGACUUCCUGUACACGGGUUUUGGACUUCCUGUACACGGGUUUUGUGACCUUCAGACGAUUCAUAUCAAUUUUCCAGUGUCUGUCUUAAGCGUUUUUCAGUGCACUAUGAAAACAAAUGGCAAAAACCCUGGAAAGAAUGUAAAGGGUCAAAAAUCAAGAGCAAAAAACCACCAUAAAGGAUCAGUGGUAGUGGAAUACAUAACUGAUGCUGAGAAAAGGGCACAGACUACGUAUAAUAGGAAGCCUACAAUUCUUAAAAAGAUUCAAGAGUUGUCUACUAUGACAAAAGAAGAAUUUAGUCUAGACUGGAAGACUGAAUCAGGUGUCUGUGGCAAUUGGAAAAGUAAGGGAUGUUCAAUAGGGAAUACUAGUACACCGCAUACACCAGUCGAAACAGCGGCAGUGGCACUUGAGGAGUUGCAGCCUUCAUCCUCUUUGGUAUACCCAGACCCGCCAGAAGUACCAGAAGAGGAAGCUAUUCACGAAGGGGAAAAAACAAAAUGUGACAUUUGUCACAGAAUGUCCGCUUCUAAUAAAAAAAAAAGACCUGUGGCUCAAUUGCGAGUACAGGAAGAAAUGUGAUUUUUGGGUCCAUAC